AGAACUUGCUUGGUUUGUGCUGGGUUUUCCAUGCAGUUUGGAGGUAGCAAACGCCACUGCCGUCUGUCUCUGUCUUUGGCAGGAACAGUGACAGGUGACCCUGGAAUAGCUGGAACAGAAUACCCUCAGGGUGCCUCCACCCCCUCACCCAGCCACAUUUGCAACAAGAAACUGCAGCUCCUCGUGCGACCACGGAGGCAUCUGUCCCAGAGCCAAGCAGCUGGAGCCACGGACCUAGACCCACCACCUAGACCCACCGUCGUCAUGAGAGGCGCCGCUCUGCUCUUGAUCGCGGCUCUAAUACACUGCCAGCAGCAUGCCCUGGCCCUGCAGUGCUACACCUGCAUCCAUGUAAAGGACAGUGGCCAGUGCGUGACCACCUCGUGCUCAGACAGCCAGGCUGUGUGCUACACGGGCACCAUCACCAUGGAUCUCGGCAAUGAGGGGAGCAUGAAAGUGCACCACAAGGGCUGCUCGCCAUCCUGUGAGGGCACCGAGUCCAUCAUGCAGGAUCUCAACAAGCAGCCUGGCCCCGAGAUCUCCAAGCUGAUGCCCAAUUUCGGACCGCUGAAGCCCAGGAUGAAAGUGGAAGUUGAAAAGUGUUGUCAGCAGGACCUCUGUAAUGGGGCGGCCCAGGGAGCGCGCAGCCUCGGGGCGCUGGCUGCGGGACUCCUGCUCAGCCUGGGGGUCGCUCUCCUCUGUACCCACCUGUGAUCCCCCCAUCAGAGCCCCCAUGCCCCCGUUCCCCCAGCUCAGCUCCCCUCCGAGCAUACGCCCAGUUCCUCUCCCUGAGGAUUCUGCAGGAUGGCCACCGUGGGCCAGCAGCACCCCCCUCCCUUGGCACCUGCCCCGCCUGCCACCCACGCCAAAGUCAAGGGCUCAUCUGGACCCCAGAAGCCUCCAACCCGGAAUGAGGGUCACAGGAUGGGGCAGCGUUGGGGACCAGCCCCUCCCUCCCUGCCCUCCAGCCACUCCAACAAUAAAGGCUUUGCCUCUGCUGCA